AUGCCUCUGUAUGCCAAGUUCUUAAAAGAGCUUAUCAACAAGAAAAAAAGUUGGCUGGAGAAGGAGACUGUGCUGCUCACUGAGGAAUGUAGCACUGUGCUUCAAAAGGGAAUCCCACCAAAGCUUAAAGAUUCUGGGAGUGUUGUAGUCGCUUGCACCAUAGGCAAAAUAACAUUAGACAAGGCUCUUUGCGAUCUUGGAGCUAGUAUCAACUUAAUGCCCCUGUCCAUGAUGAGGAAGCUUGCGAUAGAAGAACUUAAACCCACUAGGAUGUCACUAGUCAUGGCUGAUAGAUCAAUCAAGACACCUAAUGGGAUUGUGGAGAAUUUAUUAGUAAAAGUUGGGGAGUUUAUCUUCCCUGCGGAUUUUGUGAUCUUGGACACUGAAGAAGAAGGAAAUAAUUCAAUCAUCCUGGGAAGACCGUUCCUAGCAACUGCAGGAGCUAUCAUCGAUGUGGAAAAGGGCGAUAUGAUCUUCAGAGUACACAAUGAGCAAAUGGUCAUAAAUAUUUUCAAGUCAAUGCAAUACCCUCCUGAGCAAGAGGAUUACCUGAGAGUGGACAUGAUAGAAAGCCUGGUGGAAGAAAUGUUAGACACUAAUCAUCAUGAGUAA